AUGGAUUCGGUCUUCGGCUUCUCCCUCCCCUCUCUCUUUGCUUGCUCACCUUCUUUCCCUCCCUCUCCUCCCUCAAUUUCUCCCUCACUGCCUCCCUCGCUCCCUUCCUCGCUCCCUUCCUCGCUCCCUUCCUCGCUCCCUUCCUCGCUCCCUCCCUCGCCUCCUCCCUCGUUCUCUCUCUCCCUUCCUCCCUCCCUCUCUCCCUUCCUCCCUCCCUCUCUCCCUUCCUCCCUCCCUCUCUCCCUCCCUCCCUCCCUCUCUCCCUCCCUCCCUCCCUCUCUCCCUCCCUCCCUCCCUCCCUCUCUCCCUCCCUCCCUCCCUGACUCCCUCCCUCCCUCCCUCACACCUUCCCUCCCUCCCUCACACCCUCCCUCCCUCCCUCCCUCAUACCCUCCCUCCCUCCCUCAUACCCACCCUCCCUCCCUCAUACCCUCCCUCCCUCCCUCACACCCUCCGUCCCUCGCUCACUCCCGUCCACACUCCCUCCCUCACUCCCUCCCUUGCUCCCUCCCGUCCUCACUUCCUUUGGCCCUCGUGACAUCUCCUGCUUCAUCUCCCACUUCUUUCCUUUUCAGCUGCCUGGAGGCCAUAGUAGCAGAGCAGCUGAGGAGGCCCGUGUGGCGAAAAAGAAUGGUGGCUGAGGGGUACACUGUUGUCAACCUCCGUUCUUUGUUUGCCAACCUGCCUUCUCCGUUCCUUAACCUCUUUGCUCAAAUUGCCAACCUGCCUUCCCUGUUCCGCAACCUCCUUGCUCUGUUUGUCAACCUGCCUUCUCCGUUCCUUAACCUCCCUGCUCAAAUCACCAACCUGCCUUCCCUGUUCCGCAACCUCCCUGCUCUGUUUGUCAACCUGCCUUCUCCGUUCCUUAACCUCUUUGCUCAAAUUGCCAACCUGCCUUCCCUGUUCCGCAACCUCCCUGCUCUGUUUGUCAACCUGCCUUCUCCGUUCCUUAACCUCCCUGCUCAAAUUGCCAACCUGCCUUCCCUGUUCCUUAACCUCCCUGCUUUGUUUGUCAGCCUGCGUUCCCUGUUCCUUUACCUCCCUGCUCUGUUUGCCAACCUGCCUUCCCUGUUCCUUUACCUCCCUGCUUUGUUUGUCAUCCUGCCUGCCCUUUUCCGCAACCUCCCUCCUUUUUCCCUUAAACUCCCUUCUUUGUUUGCCAACUUGCCUUCCCUGUUCUGCAACCUCACUCCUUUGUACCUUAACAUCCCUGCUUCGUUUGCCAACCUGCCUUCCCUGUUCCGCAACCUCCCUCCUUUGUACCUUAACAUCCCUGGUCUGUUUGCCAACCUGCCUUCGUUGUUCCGCCUUGCCAACCUCCCGUCUCUUUUCCUCGCUCUUGCGCAAGUUCACUUCAUGAUUCAGCGACUAUCCCUCACGCUUGCGCAACUUCACUUCAUGGUUGAACGGCUUUCCCUUGCCCUUGCGCAACUUCAUUCCAUGGUCGAGCGACUUUCCCUCUCUCUUGCGCAACUUCAUUUGAUGGUUCAACGACUUCCCCUCACUCUUCCGCAACUUCACUCGAUGGUUCAGCAGCUUUCCCUCGCUGUUAUGCAAGGUCGGUUCGUGGUUCCGAAAAUUCGGUUCGUGGUUCCGCAGACCCCAUAG